UGCUACUGAAGGAUUUUUUUUAUUUUGCUUCGACUCAGACCAACACGGCUACCUACCUGUAACUUUUAGCAGGAAAUGCUAUGAGAGAUUGAGCCUGGGCAGGCGGCCACUGAGGGGGAUGGGAUGCUGAGCCAGAGGAGCUUCCCCUUUGCCUGCGCAAACUCCCUAGUGCUCAUCCUUGAUGUGCGCUCUGAGUGGUGCAGGGACACGCCUCCCCAUGCUCCCCUUGAGCAUUUGCCUCUCCCAAAGACAAGGUGCUCAUCACUGCAGAGACUUAGCUCACAUCUGCACCAUGCACUUGAAACUCUCUUGUACCGCUUGAAGAGCCAGGACUUUGUCCAAAGAAUCCUGGGAAAUGUAGUCCCUAUCACUUUCACUAGUGCAAAAAGUCCAUAGUUUGAAGAGGUGGGUUUCAUGUGCAAACCUGAAAUUCUGCUAGGUGCUUUUUACUCUCUCCUGCGGAAUGACAGUGUGGAGGCACUAUAAAUCAGGGUCAGGACUCAGGGAAUGAGUUUGCUGUUAAUUCUUCUGGGAGCCACAAACCUGGGGGCCAAAUGCCUCUCUAUCUGGCCCUUGGAACUGGCUGUGAGUUUUUUUGCCUGGCUGGAAAGUACCCUCAAACUCUGAUGAUGAUUAUUGUUCGUCUGGAUUGAGAAUAGAGGGAGGAGAGAGUGUUUGCGAAUGUACUGUAUGUAGAAACCAGUCAGCUGCACAAAGGUGAAAUUUACAUCCAUUGCCCCACCCACUUUGACCUCUGGCACUGCCCGCCACUGACACCCGCACACAGGGUCCUUGUACUGAGAAAAAACAUUGGAACUCCCUGCCUAUUGACGUCAGGGAGCUGCCUUCGCUGAACUCUUUCUGGUGAAGCUGAGCUGAAGGCUGAGGAGGGAACCCCAGUUGCCAAACACCCCGUGUCCGAGGAGGCUCCCCUGGGAGGAGAGCAGAGGAUGGAGAAGGACGGAGGGUCUUGCAGCACCCCCGGCACAGAAGGGGGAGGAGAAGCGCCUGCCGUGGGCCUGGAGGCGCCGAGAGAAGGAGCGGAAGCCGGGCCUGAAGAGCCAAGCCACGCCAAGGCAGUGGAAGAGAGCCAUACGCAGCCUGGAGUGCCAAGCCACGCCACUGUGGCAGGAGGGGAAGGAAGCCACGAAAGCCGGCCAAGCGCCCAGCAGAAGCACCUUGAACUUCAGCAGAGCCUCAGCUGCCCAGCACACCUGCCCAGCCUAGCAGAUAUUCCAGAAGAGGCUGUGCCUGAUCUCAAGGAGCCGACUCCUCAAGAACCGGCUGCUCCCACCCACAAAGCGGACCCACCACCCUCUGGGGAAGCCAAGGAGGCCCCUGGUUUGGCGCAGGCCCCGGCGGCAGAGCAACCGGGCCCAGCUGAUCAAGGAGAAAGGACCUUGGCCAAACCCACUCCCUUAGCCCCAGGGGGCACAACUCAGGAUGCUGGUGAGCCCAGCGUGUCAGCAGAGCAGCCGCCAUCGGGAAAAAGCGAGACCGCAGCAAACCCGGCAGAGGUUCCAGAUACCCCAACCAGCCCAUACCUCACUCCGGACUUUGGCAAAGAGGACCCGUUCCUGAUUUUGGAUGACACUCCUCCUCCACCUGCUCCCUUCACCCACCGCAUCGUCCAGCUGAGGACGGCAGAGUUCAAAGACACCUACAGCAUCAACACCAAGGAGAUGCUGGGAGGGGGGAAGUUUGGAGAAGUCCGUACGUGUGCAUUGAAGGAGACGGGCCUCAAGCUGGCCGUAAAAAUUAUUAAGAAGCAGGGGCCGAAAGACAGGGAGGCAGCCGAGUUGGAAAUCGACGUGAUGAAUCAGCUGAACCACAGGAACCUGAUCCAGCUAUACGAUGCCAUCGAGACUCCAAAGGACAUCAUGCUCUUCAUGGAGUUCGUGGAGGGCGGCGAGCUCUUUGAGCGGAUCAUCGACGAGGAUUACCAGCUGACGGAGGUGGAUUGCAUGGUCUUCGUGCGGCAGAUCUGUGACGGGAUCCUCUUCAUGCACCACAUGAGUGUUCUCCACCUGGACCUCAAGCCUGAGAACAUCCUGUGCGUGUCCUCGACCGGCCACAUGGUGAAGAUAAUUGAUUUUGGGCUCGCCCGAAGGUACAACCCCAGAGAGAAGCUGAAAGUGAACUUUGGCACCCCCGAGUUCCUGUCUCCGGAGGUGGUGAGCUACGAACAAGUCUCCUACACCACGGAUAUGUGGAGCAUGGGGGUCAUCACCUACAUGCUGCUGAGCGGACUCUCCCCUUUCUUGGGCGACAACGACACAGAAACCCUCAACAACGUCUUGGCAGCCAACUGGUAUUUUGACGAGGAAGCUUUUGAGGGCAUCUCCGAGGAAGCCAAGGACUUUGUCUCCAACUUGAUUAUCAAGAACAAAAGCGGCCGCCUGAGCGCUGCACAGUGUCUGCAACACCCCUGGCUCAACAACUUGGGAGAAAAAGCCAAGCGGGUGAACCGGCGGCUGAAAUCCCAGGUCCUGCUCCGAAAAUACGUGAUGAAGAGGCGAUGGAAGAAAAACUUCAUCGGCGUCUGUGCUGCGAACCGGUUCAAGAAGAUCACCAGCGCGGGAUCCCUGACCGCAAUGGGCGUCUGAGUGGCGGGGCUGGAAGCGGGCAGAAUCGAGCGACACGUGGCCGAAAAGGGGGCAGGGGGAACUCCGACGGGAAGCUUGAACUGCGUUGUGCUCCUGGUGCCCCACGUCUCAGGGACUUGCUUGGGCAAGAGGAUUGGGGCCUGCCCCAGAGGCGGCUCCGUCCUGGAGAGCUGGGGGCGAGAAGCCGGUGGACGCCGGCCUGGAACUUUUUAGCAGGGAAGUUCCUUCCAUGUGUAGGAUAUUUGCUCUCUCCGAUAGCAUCCCCAUAUUCCCACUCAGUUCCCACUAAGCGAGUCUUCCCACCUCUCCAUAUUGUCUGACUUGAGCACCGUCCUCCUGUUUAGUGGAUAUUGUGCUGCCUCUCCUUCUUGGACUCCACCUCCACACAAACCCACCUUUGUGGAUGCCACACUGCUCUUGGACUGCUGCUAAGGACCUCACCCGACAUACGUCUGACCGCUUGCUGCUUCCAAGGGACCUUCUGAAACCACCGCAGCCAACUGCAUCUCCUUACUUUGCUACGCCUUGUUUUUUUGCCUCUGAUUCCACCGUGCAAACUUUAAGGGAACUGGUUUCUGGGAUGGCUGUGGCUUGGCUGAACUGCAGUUUCCCCGCUGUGACCGUCCGCUCCCCAGCCGCCGGGACUGGUUCUGAAACCCACAGGGCUUCAUCCCCAGCGAGCCAAAAUCUUGACCCCCACAGUGCUGUGGAGAGCACCUUCCAAAGCCCCAAGCUUGUGCAUACAGGGGGUGUCGGAUCCCCCCACCCCCUGACUGAGAAAGACGGCUCCCAAACCUUUGCUAUCCGGAUUUUGCCAGGCUGCCAACCCUGCGCCCUUCUCCCUCUGCUUCUCUGCUUCCAAUCUGCUUGCACCACCACCCACAAACCGCCCGCUACCUUGACACCCCCUGGACGUCUCCGCUCUGCCUUUUUGCACAGAAGUUGUGCCCCAUGACCCUGCUUAGGGAAG